ACAAUUAGAUUUCAUUGAGCUAUUUGAAGAGGAGAAAAUGAACUUGUUAGUGACGGUUUAUCUUCGUCAUUCAUUCAUGUGCUCGAUAGAAAAGUAAUCAAUGGUGAAAGAAGGAAAGACGACGAUGAUUGUAAGUAAGCUGUGGCGAAUGCAUGAGAUUCACAUAUAGAGAAAAUAUACUUUACAACUGCAACAUCAACACACUAUCCUUCUCCUUGAGGCGAUGCCGACGUCGCCUUCAACUUCUCAACAGGAGAAGGACGUCAAUCCAAUCAUGGAGGAGCAGCAUCAGCAGGAAGAGGAGGAGAAGCCUUUCGUUUCCAGCGAUUCCAAUUACUUUAACCUCAACGAUGAGAGGUUGAGGCGUAGAGGCAGCUCUAUCAGACGACGGUCAGGGCCUCCCCCGCCCACUCGUUCUCGGUCUUUUAAGGGUGACAUCAGCCAUGCCGCUUCCGAGACCUAUUUAAUGAGUGGUUUUGCACUCAAGCUCCUCCGCUACCUCGGGGUAGGCUACCGGUGGUUAAUGGGACUUUAUGCUCUUGGUAUCUAUGCUAUGUUACUUCUUCCAGGUUUUCUCCAUGUUGCUUAUCACUAUUUCUUCUCAAGAAAUGUACUACGCAGUGUUGUGUAUGGGGAUCAACCUAGAAAUAGGCUGGAUUUAUUCUUGCCAAAGAACACAGAUGGAUUAAAGCCAGUUCUGAUAUUUGUAACUGGGGGAGCAUGGAUUAUUGGGUAUAAAGCAUGGGGUGCCCUUCUAGGACUUCAUCUAGCAGAAAGAGAUGUUAUAGUGGCAUGUCUUGAUUACAGAAAUUUCCCUCAGGGUACUAUAAGUGAUAUGGUUAGUGAUGUAUGUCAAGGAAUCUCUUUUGUAUUCAACAAUAUUUCAGAAUAUGGGGGUGACCCUAGCAGAAUAUUUUUAAUGGGGCAAUCAGCUGGUGGACAUAUUUCUACCUGUGCUCUUUUAGAACAGGCUAUUGAAGAAUCUGAAGGUAGAAGCGUCACCUGGAGUGCUUCUCAAUUAAAAGCUUAUUUUGGAUUAUCCGGAGGGUACAAUUUGUCCAACUUAGUAGAUCAUUUCCAUGGACGAGGACUGUAUCGCACCAUAUUUUUAAGCAUAAUGGAAGGGGAAGAAUCUUUGGCAUAUUUCUCUCCUGAAAUUAGAAUACGAGAUCCGAGCAUCAGUGAUGCUAUUCCUCUUCUACCACAGUUCAUUCUCUUUCAUGGAACAGCUGAUUGCUCCAUCCCAUCAGAAGAAAGUAAAGCAUUUCAGGAUACUCUUCACAGAGUUGGGGCAAAAGCAGAACUUUUUUUGUAUCCUGGGAAGACUCACACGGACUUGUUUCUUCAAGAUCCGAUGAGAGGUGACGAUGAGCUAUUCGAUUAUACACUUGCUUUCAUACACGCGGGUGAUAAAAGAGCACUAGAAAAGGAUGCUGCAGCACCUCCAAGACCGCGUUUGGUUCCUGAAAUCUUGAUAAAAUUGGCUCACAUAAUUAGCCCUUUCUAAGAGAAUUAGUCUGCUGGAGUUUGAAAACACGAAUGAUCAUCUUUUGCCAGUUUCUCGAGCCUGCAAAUCCUAUUUUAUAUUCGUGCUUAUAGAAACUGAGUUGAGUGUAUGUGUGUGUGCAUUUUGAUUUCCUAGAGUUGCUAGUAAUCAAAUUAUUUUGUACAACAAACCUCUCACCUUUUCUCCUUUAAGGGAUCAGCAAGUUCAUAAUUUAUUCGUAAUAUGUGUGCAUUUUUUUUUAAUAGAAAUGAAAUUGGAGAAUAUCCUUUUUGUUGUUAUAGUUGACAAUUUUUUUAUUUUAUUUUACAAACUAUAUGUAAAUUUGAUUUAAAAAGAUAUUUGUGUUU